GCGCUUGCGCGGGAGGGAGGCAAGAGCGGGCUGGGCGGCCGGCAUGGCGGAGGCUGCGCUGCCGAGCUCAGGUGCCUUAAAUCCUGAUGCAACUGAUUUCAUUCCAAGGGAAAGGCAGACUUGCAGCCUAAAGUGGAAUAGUCAGUCCCGGUGGGAACUAGAUCAGGAUUCAAGCAGGAGUGUACCACCUCCUGUUCAACCUAGGCACAGUAAAUAUAAUGGCUGCUCUGUUGAUCGGCGUGACUUUUACAGUCCAGAGAACCAGCAUAGACGUCACCCAGAUUCCUCGCUCUUUGGCAGCAUGGGUAAAACAAAAAGCCACAAUUUUCAAAACCAGCGAUGUCAGAGGUCAAGGAGUGAUAGAACACAUGGCAAAAAUCAGGCCAGACAAACCACAGCCAGUGGUUUAGAAGAGCCUGCAUGUUUAGAUACCAGGCUGCUAUCAGGACGAAGAAUGAAUCCUAGAGAAUACAGUGAUUUCUCUUCAGAUAGUGAAAAGGAAACUGCAAAUAAUAGAGGAGCAAAGCCAAAGAAGACAUACUUGAUGCAUUCACGUGGAAGAGGGUUGAAAGACAAAGAGAAGCAUCUGUCUGAACAGGAUAAAAGAAUCCUGUCCAAGUGGAAGGAUGAAGCCUAUGAAAACAUACCAGUGGUAGAUCUGACCCAGUCAGACUCUUCUGAAGCUUCCUUGGGGAAAGCAGUGUCAGAUGGCUUUUCUGAUAACAGCAUUGUGCGGAGAAGGUAUCCUUUUGCAAACAAAUGUAUUAGGGAACCUGUGAGGAGCAAAGAGACCAGCAAAAGGCAAGAUAUGUCUAGGAGCAAAAAUGUAAAACACAUUAAGAAUGCAUCCCUUCCACAUCCUCCUAAAGAGCGCAUCAGUGAGAAGAGAAAAGAAUCUGUGCUGCAUGAAAGAGGACCAAACUUUGUGAGUCUGCCACAGACCCAGCCUUUACAUGAAACAGCUGCACAUGGUGGAAGAAAGCCCCUCCUCCAAGAGGGGUAUAAAAGCAGGCGCUGGAAGAAGCCAAAUGAUGCACCAAAGAGUAAGGAAACACAUACAGGGUCUUUGAUAGAGCAGCUUACCUCCGAGAAAUAUGAAUGCAUGGUGUGUUGUGAAGUGAUCCGUGUGGUGGCCCCAGUGUGGAGCUGUCAGAAUUGCUAUCAUGUGUUCCACUUGAGCUGCAUUAAGAAAUGGGCAAGAUCACCAGCAGCACAGGCUGAAGAUAGCAACAGUGGUUGGCGUUGCCCAGCUUGUCAAAAUGUUUCAUCGCACGUUCCUAAUGUUUACACCUGUUUCUGUGGUCGUGUUAAAAACCCUGAGUGGAACAGAAAUGAAAUUCCACACAGUUGUGGAGAACUCUGUAGAAAAAGAAGAUCAACUCAAGAUUGCCCACAUUUGUGUAAUAUCCUCUGCCAUCCAGGGCCUUGCCCAUCAUGCCCUGCUUUUAUGACCAAAAAAUGUGAAUGUGAACGCACAAGCCAUUCAGUUCGAUGUGGGCAUUCUGCUGCCAUUCAGUGUACCAACAUAUGUGGGAAUAUUUUGAAUUGUGGUAAACAUAACUGUACCCAGAUAUGCCAUUCAGGAAAAUGCCAGCCUUGUAAAUUAACUGUAAAGCAAGUUUGCUACUGUCAGAGCACUUCUCAAGAAGUCUUAUGUGGAGCAAGUGAGGAAGAAUUCUCCUGCCUCCGAACUUGUGGCAAGAAACUUGCGUGUGGUUUGCACAACUGUGCACAAGUGUGUCAUCCCCAGCCUUGCCAGCCUUGCCCACGACUUCCAGAACUUGUGCACUGCUGCCCUUGUGGGCAGACUCCUCUUCGCAAAUUGUCGGAGCUGGGCCGUACAGAACGUAAACUCUGCAUGGAUCCCAUCCCAUCUUGUGGAGGAACAUGUGGCAAACCUCUGCCUUGCAGUAGCUAUGAUGCUGUUCAUACGUGUGAAAACCUCUGCCAUGAAGGCGAAUGUGGGAUAUGUUCUCGCACAUCGAAGAUUUACUGCAGAUGUGCCUUAAAAACCAAGGAAGUUCCCUGUGCCAGUCUCAAAAACCAAGCUGUAGCUACUUUUUUGUGUGACAAGAGAUGCAACAAGAAACUGUCAUGUGGACGACAUAAAUGUAGUGAAAUGUGCUGUGUGGAUAAGGAGCACAAAUGUUCUUUAAUAUGUGGACGCAAGCUCAAUUGUGGUAUGCAUAGAUGUGAAGAACCUUGCCAUCGUGGAAAUUGUCAGAAAUGCUGGCAGACGAGUUUUGAGGAAUUAACUUGUUAUUGUGGUGAAUCUGUGAUUUACCCUCCAAUACCUUGCGGUACUCGACCACCUGAGUGUAAAAAUUCAUGUACCAGACCUCAUGAAUGUGAUCAUCCAGUAUAUCAUUCCUGUCACAGUGAAGAGAAGUGUCCACCAUGUACAUACCUUGUUCAGAAAUGGUGUAUGGGAAGGCAUGAAUUGCGUAACAAUAUUCCUUGUUACCUCACCGACAUCUCCUGUGGCCUUCCCUGUGAUCGAAUGUUAAAAUGUGGCAUGCACAAAUGCAAAAGGAUCUGCCACAAAGGGGAAUGCCUCAUAGACGAAGAAUGCCGGCAGCCAUGCACGAUCCCAAGGCUUCACUGCAACCACCCCUGCAUGUCUCCUUGCCACCCCUCUUUACCUUGUCCUACAACAUCUUGCACUGCAAAGGUUGAACUGCAGUGUGAAUGUGGAAGAAGAAAGGAUACUAUGGUUUGUUCGGAAGCAUCUAGUACAUACCAAAGAAUAGCUGCAAUUUCCAUAGCUUCUAAAUUAACAGAUCCACAUCUUGGAGAUUCAGUGGAGAUCAGCAGAUUGAUUACCAAAAAAGAAAUGAAGCAAAACAGGCUGCAAUGUGAUGAAGAAUGUUUGGCACUGGAAAGGAACCGGCGGUUUGCUGAGGCCCUCCAUAUUGAUGAUAGUUCAGACCCUUUUAAUGUCCGUCCCUCUGCACCCAAGUACAGUGAUCUCUUGAAAGAGGAUGGGAGAAAAGAUUUCAAGUUUGUCAGUGAAACUGAGAAAGAAAUGAAAGCCCUUGUAGAAGCUGUAAAUAAGAGCAAGCAUACAAAGAAGAGUCACUGCUUCCCACCCAUGAACAGAGAGCAUCGCAGAAUCAUCCACGAGCUUGCUCAGGCUUACGGCAUUGAGAGUGUGAGCUAUGAUAACGAACCAAAGCGCAAUGUUGUUAUCAGUGCGGUGAAAGGGAAAUCAGUUUGUCCAACAGUUACUCUGACAUCUCUGCUUACCAAGGAGAGGCAGAGCAGACCCCCACCACCUGUUCCUCAUCACAAACAGUCAGAAAAGCAUGGGAAUAACAACCUGGAUCAAGGCUUCAAAGAAGAGCCUGUGAUUGAUUAUUUUGAUGUACAAGACUGAAGUAAUUAAUUAUGCUUUUGAAGAGUGGAAGUGCAGCUGCUGGUGCAUCAGAGUGCAUUUGCUGAGUUGAAUUCAAAUUUCAUCAUGGAAACAGAGGAUGAAAACAGACUGACCAUCAAAAUUUAACCAUUAUAACAAAACCUUACAAUCAUUUUGGGUAGAACAACUCACAUGCCAGGGGGACAGAGUGAGAGUUCCAUGCGCAUCUAUAACAAGCAUAAAUAUGACCUUCUAAGAACUCUGUGUUGUACAAUAACUACUAGAAAAAAUACCAUUAAUAACUUUCAGUUGAAAGAAACAGGAAAAUGAUUUUUUUUUAAGGAUGUGGGAUGAAGGGUCAAGGUUUAUAUUGACAGACUCAGUUGAAAACCAGACUUUAAAGUUGCAAGAUAUUGUCUCCUGGCAGUUUCAUCCUCAUUCAGCUCUGUCAGCAAGAUGAUCAAAUCUUGAUUCGUACCAACGCUUUCUAAUGCUGAGUUGCUUCUGCCACAAAUCCUCCUUCCUUUGGCAGUGCCAAAACCUGCACUUUUUGUCAUUUGCAGGUAUGAAAUUGGGAGCUCAACUGAAUAUCUUUUUUUCCCCAUAGAAAACUUUGUCUUGGAUUUAUUCUCUGGUUUGGUGAACAGUGUAGCACUCAGGAUGUGCUUGGCUUGUGGUGGUAAAUACAAAUACACACUGAACUUUAGCAGUUCUUUCUAGCAAGAAAGAAAAGGCAGGUGUCAGGCAGCCACUGAACUUGCCGUCUUGCACUUCCAUUGAAAUCUGAACCACAUUUUGCCAGGGUAGCUUCUGGUCCCGCAAGGUUUGUCAGAGUCAGAGUGCUGUAUUUUCUAAUGUAAGAGUCAAAUAGACACCAUAUUUUGUGUGGCUCUUUUUGAUGUUACAGUUCUGUUGUGGAAGUUCUCACACAGCUGUUCCUUUCAGACAUUAUAAUCGGGGAAGGAAGUUCAAAUGAAGGUCGUGAAGGAGUCAGUCAUGCUUGUUUUAUUGCAGUGGAACCUUGCCUUUCCAUACCAACAUCUGAGACAGCAUUUAAUAGGAAGGCAAGAAAUCUUGAAGUAGACAGGCACACCUGUGUCUGACUCAAGAGCAAAUGCAAGUGCCUUAUGACUUUGUGAGGUGAACAGUCUUUGUUAACAAUAGUGCUACAAGAAGUAGAUGGACACACCACACUCCCAGCGGAAUCUUUUGGCUUGCUGAACUCAGGCGUUGGUAGAGACUAGACAUUGUGACCUGCCUACAUCUAAAAUUAUGCACUUUCCCCAAAUUUAAUUUCCUGUCAUUCAGGUAUAAAAAUUUACUAACCCGUGACAGUAUUCUUGUUCUCAGCAAUGCUAAUAAUAUAUUAUUGAAUAGAUUAAGGACUUUUGUUUUCAUAGGGUGCAAAUGAAUGCUCUUUGAUAUACACAGAUUAACAAACAAACAUACCCAAGUCUUCACAAAAUUGUGCCUUUUAAAAAUAUUUCUAAAGGAGAACAAACCCCCUUUAAACACACACUCUUACACACACACAUAGUGAAACUGUGCCACAGUCACCACAGUCCAAUAACUAUUUUCCUGCAUGAUAGGGGAUUUGCGCACACAUCAACUGUUGUUCUUACACACACACACACACAAAAGGUGCUAGCAUAGGGGAGCUAGUGGGUACAUGUAAAUGGAAACCAUUUAAUGCAAUCCAGACUUCUCUGUGCAGGACAGAGGUGGAUGCCCUUUCCCACCUGCUCCCUAAUUUGGACAUGGUUUGUGCAUUCGCAGAGGUUUUAUUGCAAGGUGUGCUGAUCACCUUUUUAAAGUGGUUGUCUCUUGAUCUAACCCAUAUUUCCAGUCGUUGGUAGGGGUAUUUCUGUGUGUGGAGGUGAGGGGGGUCUGAAUAAUUGCUCUGAUUAUUCAGUGCUGUGUGAGCAUUGAUGUGUGCGUAAUCUAAAAUUUGUGAAAACUGCUUUGGAGACCAUUCUUUAUGUCAUUUUUCACGAUGUACUUCAUGAUGAAGUGAAAUUAACAGUGCUUGACCCUACUGUUGCUGAGUGGAAGAGACUCAUUUGCAUUACAGAGUUAAUAUGCGCUUUCAGUUGCUGCUUGUGCACAUAUUGGUGUAUCUUAUUGGGAGCUGAAUUCUCAGCUGUUGUUUUGAAAUCACCUGUUUUCUUGGUGAAGAAAGCAUCCUUUAUACCCUGCUUGUUUGGUUUCCACUUUUUGAUAACCUACAAGGAGAGGGGAAAGUCUUUUCUGUGCUUUAUGGUUUUUGGAGUUGUUCAUGCAGACAGCACAGAUGGAAUGCUGGGUACUGAAGCUUAGUAAUAGUCCCAUAUGUUAAAUUGUUCUGAUUAUGCAGUGCUGUGUGUGCAUUGAUGUGUGCGUAAUCUAAAAUUUGUGAAAACUGCUUUGGAGACCAUUCUUUAUGUCAUUUUUCAUGAUGUACGGUACUUCAUGAUGAAGUGAAAUUAAUAGCUUUAAAACUUCGUUAUUUUUUCAUAAGGUAUUUCUGGAAUUUAUCUAUACCCAUUUGCGCGCACACACACACUUGCCUGCUUGCUAUCAAGUUCAUUGGUGUAAUAAAUUAGUAAAUUACUAGAUAAAUCUGUAAUAAAGUUCCAAGGUCAAACUGCUAUUUUUUGCAUUUACUUGAUAGAUUUUUGUGACACACACACACAAAUGCAGAGGCAGCUGAAAAGCCACAGGAAGCCAACUAGGAGAUAAACAAAGUAAACAUCAAAUCUUUGAUGGCUGUCAUGAUUUGUAUUAUUAAAGCAAUCAAAUACUUUAAA